AUGGCAAGGAAGAACAAAACAGCAGAUAAAGAUAAAGAUAAGGAAAGUGAGGUUAAGUCGACCGAGGAAUCUAAAUCUGACAACCAGGAACAGUUAGACCCAGUUCCAAAGAAGGAAACCGAAGAUAACAACGAUAAGGACCAUGAAUCUGAAGAAGUUGUUAAAUCUGAGGAAAAACAAGAGCCAGAGAAAAAAAAGGAGUCUGAGAAGCCAAAGGAUGAGAAACCCAAGGAACACCACUCAACAACCACUGUUGCUCCUGAAACAUAUUUGACCACAGUUCCUCCAAUAAUUGAAAAGCCUCCAUCAGCUGUGGCUACUGUUAACACUCUCAUUGAUUCGACCCUGAAGUUCUUUGUUGGUGGCCUGCAUCCCAACACAGAUGAAGGUGAGUUGUCCGCCCACUUCGCCAAGUAUGGACAAAUCCUCGCCUCACAAGUCAUGAGGGAUAUGGCAACAGGAAGACACAGAGGUUUCGGCUUUGUUACCCUAAAGGUACAGCCAAAUACAAUGAGCGUCUUCAAAGAUACCCACGUCGUCUCUGGAAAAAGGGUUGAUGUCCGCGCCAUGCAAACUGACGUCGCUGCGAGUUUGAGGAAGAAGAUCUUUGUCGGAGGUUUGUCCAAGGCCCUCAAUGAGGAAAUGCUCCAAGAGUACUUUUCCAAAUUCGGCGAAGUUGACAAAGUUACCAUUAUGCGUCAACUUGAUGGAACUUCAAGAGGAUUUGGGUUUAUAGUAUUUAUGACCGAGGAAGGAGCCGUAGGAUCACUCAAGAACCCAACUCACUUCGUGUAUGGAAACAAAGUUGAUGUGAGGGCAGCAGAAACAAGGCCGAAGACAACAACACCAGCACCGUCAGCUGCAGUAUAUCCCUACGGAGUCGUUCAAACCCCGACUGACAUGUACUCAGCCUCGCAAAUGUAUCGCCCCCAGGCUACUUACGACCCAUCUCAGUACGCUAACAUGACUCAGCAGCAGAUGCUACAACAGUACCCACAGUACCAACUUUUGCAGCAGCAGAUGGUUCAACAACAAAUGGCAAUGGCAGGGACCUACGGAAACUACUACUCAACCUCUGGGCAACAACCAACCUCGGGUCAGACCGCUUCAACGGGCUCAAAUUCGUCAAAUCCCUACGGCACAGCCUCCGCUACGGCAACAAACCCCUAUGCAGCAGCUACGGCAUCAACGGCCAACCCUUACGGAGCUACUGCUGCAACGGCUGCCAAUCCUUACGCCACUGGGUCCAAUAAUUCAGCCAACCCCUAUGCCGCAGCAGCUGCCUCUGGAAACCCUUAUGCAGCCGCAACUGCAUCUGCCAAUCCCUAUGCCGCUUCCUCAGCAGCGUAUGGAGCAUACCGAGGAAAGGAUCAAUCUGCCUACCAGGCAGGUGCUACGCACGCAGAUGUUUCGUCAUCGAGGGGAUACAGACAGCACCCAUAUUGAUAUUUAGAAUAUUUAUUGGUUACCUAUCAGUAAUUAUCAAUAAUUACGCUAUUCAAUAUUUUAAUUAUCAUUAAAAUAUAAUUCUUUUCGAUAUCAGUUUUAUAUUAUUAUUCAGCUACAUUUCAUACACUUGAUACACAUCUGUUUUCUAUCAGUAAAUAGCAGGCUUGCUAAAUAUCCAGAUCGAUAUGUACCUGUAAAUAUCCGACGUUUUAAGUACCCGUAUAUCCAAUUCCCUAUCAUAUAACAGUUUUGUUAUAUACCGGUAUGUAUUCCACUAAGAAAGAUAGUUUCCCCUACAUAUUCCCUAAAGAAAUAUAGCUUCGGUUAUAUAUUCCUCUAGAGUAAGGUAGUAUCCCUUAUAUAUCCCAUUAGACUAGGGUAGUUUCGGUUACGUAGGCAGAGUAAAUAUACCAGAAUCUAUUUACCAGUAAGAGCCUACCUAAGUAUUUACUAUCAUCGAAGAUAUUUACAAGAUUUAAUCGGCGCUGUUCUGUCCCCUUUUACUUAUACUUAUCGGUUGACAGUAUAUACUUUUAAUUAUGAUCCUCUUCA